CUUUGCCCCGCCAUGCUUAGUUACAAAGUAGUUUACAAACGAGGCAAGGUUUAAGUUUCAUGGGUACAUUCUCUCCAGUUGGCUCCGGUUAAAGUUCUGGCACCACGGAGAGAGCCAUAAAUGAGGCGGGUUCUGAAGGAGGGGGUUAUCAGCAAAAAAAUUAAACGGAAGACUAGUGGGGCAGAAUUUGCUCUGAAGUAUUUGGAGUCAGCACUUGUCCCAUCAGUUAUCUUAAAAAUAGAACCCAUUCAACAUUUGAGGCACUUCAGGCAUGUUUUGAUGACCCCAGUACCUAGGAUUGAAAUGGUGACACAUGAGGAGGUGAGCAUGUUGGUUGCUGCUGCUCUUUCAUCUGACACGGCUUCGUUUGGAGGUAGAACUGAAGGCUGAAGAGUUGGAAAAAGAUGCAGCACAGGUGUUGAGCAAAAGGCUAUUGUGGCCCACUUGCCUGGGAUCUCUAUACCUGCCCACGCUGUAGGUAAGUGCUUACAUCAGAAACCAUAAAUACUUGCUUCGCUUUGGUGUUUCCUAUGCCGUACUGUCUCUUCUGAAAGUCAGCCCUUAAUGGCUCAGAUUUAUGUGAUGUACUUUAUGUGAUGUACUAUAAAAGGAUUUAUGCCUUUUAUAGGUGACAGUACUACAAUCCCUGCGACGGGGUGAGCUCCCGUUGCUCGGUCCCUGCUCCUGCCAACCUGGCAGUUCGAAAGCACAUCAAAGUGCAAGUCGAUAAAUAGAUACCACUCCGGCGGGAAGGUAAACGGUGUUUCGUUGCGCUGCUCUGGUUUGCCAGAAGCGGCUUAGUCAUGCUGGCCACAUGACCCGGAAGCUGUACGCCAGCUCCCUCGGCCAGUAAAGUGAGAUGAGCACCGCAACCCCAGAGUCGGCCACAAAUGGACCUAAUGGUCAGGGGUCCCUUUAGCUUUACCUUACUACAAUCCUAUGUAUACCGACGUGGAAAUAAAUUCCAUUCAUUUCAAUGGCACCUACUUCUGAAUAUAUUCAGUGAUGAGGAUCACAGCCUAUAUACCCCCAGUAUUCACACUUUUGCUUUUGCUGAAGUGUUAAGGUCUUUAUAUGGUAAAAGUUUAGCUUGACAAUCCUUCCCCACACCAUCUCCCCUGUUUUUAUGAUUAAUUUUCUAGACCUCAUGUUUACAGAGAAAAACCUGAAAAUAUGUUGUACUUGUGUCUGUGUGUACAUGCAUAUGUCUGACAGUUAUGGGCUAAGAAAUCAGAAGAUGUAUGUUUGAAUACAGUAAGUAUUUAAAGUAUUUACAUGAAUUUAUUUUAUGUUUUUUGCUUCCUCAAUAGUAAAGCACUAUGUUGAUAAAAGUCACAUUUUAUAUGACAAAACUACUGAAGGGAACUAAGGAGAAAUAUACUGUCAUGUAUGCUUUAGUUGAGAUUUCUGCAUUGCAGCGGGUUGGACUAGAUGACCUUUGGGGUACCUUCCAGAUCUACAAUUCUAUGAGUCUAUGUAUUGCCUGAUGCCUCUCUGACAAAGGAAUGAAAAAACAUAAAAUGAUAUGAACAAACUUAACAUGGCCCGUUUUCUUGGGGGAAAUUGACAACUAUUGUUUCCAUAAAUUCUUCACAUUAUGCAGUAAUGCAUUCUACAUAAAACACUCUUUGAAUGUUAGACAAUCACACAUUAUAUACAGUUCCAUAAAAUAAACCAUUUUCUCUGUGCCUAUGUAACUUGCUAGUUCUAAAAAUCGAUGUGCCUUUUCUAGCAAGUGAAAAAUUGUUAGCAUGACAGUUUAUGCUGAAAUUAUGGGACAUCUUUAAGAGACAUUUAUCACUGUCAGUAAUGAUGCUUCCCAGAAUUUCAGUCAGGUUUGCUAAAGCAUAAAUGCUUGAGCUUGUCAGGUUUUUCAAAACAAAUCUGUUCAACUAAUCUUAGCUUCAGGUAAAUUGGGAGAAAUUCAAGAAUUAUACAUUUAGAUCAAGUAUAUUCAGCAACUCAGGAAUUUGAUGAUGUAGAGACAGUCACUGGAUGGUCUUUUUACCUUCGUCUAACCCAUGAAAAAUACUUAAUUUCUUAACCGUUGAUGCUGGACAGUAGCAAAUGAGAUAUGCUCACAUUGGGCAACUCUGCCCAGUGUGUAUCUGCUGAGAUUGCCAUCAGAUGUGGUCCUGUCUUUGGAUGUUUGAGUGACAUUGGUGUCAUGAAGUGCCUCACACCAGCUACGGCUGGUAUGCCAGAUAUGGCUCCUAGACAGCGAUAUAUCAGAAACUAUUCUCCAUAUUAUGGUAGUCUACAGAUUAGACUACUGCAAUAUGCUGUGUGUGAGGCUGUUUUUGAAGACUAGCAGAAGACUAACAGAAUGCUACUGUUAGACUAGCAGGGGUAAGCAAACUUUUUCAGCAGGGGGCCAGUCCACUGUCCCUCAGACCUUGGGGGGGGCGGACUGUAUUUUGAAGGGGGGGAAAUGAACGAAUUCCUAUGCCCCACAAAUAACCCAGAGAUGCAUUUUAAAUAAAAGCGCACAUUCUACUCAUGUAAAAACAUGCUGAUUCCUGGACUGUCCGUGGGCCAGAUUUAGAAGGUGACUGGGCCGCAUCCAGCCCCCAGGCCUUAGUUUGCCUACCCAUGGACUAGUACUCAAACAGUUUCAUUUUUAAUUCUAAGUGCUAGAUUUCAAAGUUCUAUCUUGGUUGGAACUUAUGUAUCCCAAGGGUUGCGUACUCUGAUAGGAAUCUGCCUGAAUUCUAAGCUCAUCUGAACCCCCUUUCAGGGUAGCUCUUGAGGCUUAUGUGAGGCAGGUAACAGGCCAUAGAUUAUUUAAUAGAUAAAGGCCUAGGUAAAGAUGAAUGAGUUUGCCUGGCACCUAAAGACCUGUAAUGAAGGUGCCAGGCAAGCCUCUCUGGGGAGAGCAUUCCAUAGUCAGGAAUCACCACAGAAAAGGCCCCUUCUCUUGUUGCCACCCACUGAAUCUCUCAAAGAGUGGGGGACAAAGAAAAUGAAACAAAACAAAAAACACACCCUGACGUAUCAUGCACCCUAAGAGACAAAUCUGUCAAAAAGAUUGGCCAAAUGUUCUUUUUUAAAUUAUUCAAGGGGGGUUUUUUUUGGAUUCGAUUGGAUAGGAUGGACGAGGUAGAUUCAGGAUGGCUGGAAGAACCAAAAAAAGAUUCACAAUUCUUUAUGUUAAAUAAAGCGAGGGUUCUAACAUACACAGCCAUUUACACAUAUACAGAGGAAUUAAAUUUCAUUUACUGAAGCUUGACACUAUUUCUCAUUGUAUUUUCAUGUUUGGUACAGGUUGGGGAUGAAAACUGAAUGGCUCAGGGCACCUCCAGUCUGUCACUUUUGGGGGGCAGGAUUCAACUGCAUACCAGCAAACUCAUAUUGCACAAUUAAAGCUCAUUUGCAGCUCCUGUGCGACAAACCCACUUCAGCAAAAGGCUGGACUUUUUGCAAUGAGGACUGCCAUGAGACAGUGUGGGAUAGCUUGUUUUGACGCAACAUUGGCUAACCUCCCUGCAAACAGAUCAGAAUGACUGCUCAUUGAAUAGUCAAUGUCUAAUCAGGAUGAAUGUUUAGAAGCAUCCUCCGUCUGGUGUUAGAGGAUCAUGUUGGGAAAUAAUGGAAAGUAAAAUAGGAAGAUCAGGUUGGCUAAGUGAAUUAAUAUAUGUAUGAUUACACUUUGUAUUACACAGCACCAAUCUGUAAGAAUGCAAAAUACAUUUAAAAUUAGGUUGGUAAUUCUAGUGACAGCUGUAUGAUUGUCCCACUCAUAAUUCAUAGUCUUACCUGAAAUAUUAAACAAGCAAUACUAUGAAAAAGCAAAGCCGCACACACACAUUAAUAAUAAUAAUAAUAAUAAUAAUAAUAAUAAUAUACCACCGUAUAUCCAGAGGUCUCAGGGCAGUUUCCAGAACAUAGCUUGCUACCAGUGAACACAAGUUUAGGCCUUAUCUUAGAAGGUAGCUCUUCCAUGAUCAUAGUUCCACCAGAGAUAAGGCAGAAUACAUGGAAAUGGCAAAUCGAAAUUGCUGUUCCUUAUGAGCCAACAAUAUCUCGUGUUCCCUCGAUAAUUCCUCUGCAGAGGCCCUAACAAGAGGCUUGACCUUAACUUAGCAGAUCACAGAAGCUCGUGGCCUCAAGAUGGAACGGUUGCAGAUCAGGGAAAUAUAAGAGGGCAGCUAAGUACUUUAUUUACAGACAAGAAAUCAGCAGGAGAUUUGCAAGUGGUGAAUGGAUCGCUUCAGUGACCCAAAUGGCAUGGUUUGAGAGAAUAAGAUGCCAGCAAGAGACCACAGUUGAUUUAUUCGAUAACAUCAGGAAGCCAUUUAUGGGCUGCGUUAUGGAUGACUAUCCUGGUGUUUAGAACAGGACAAGAGAGGCUGAUGUGUGCUUACACAGGCAUAAAAUACAGUGGUACCUUGUGUUACAAACACUUCGGGUGACAGACUCUGCUAACGCGGAAAUAGUACCUUGGGUUAACAACUUUACCUCAGGAUAAGAAUAGACAUCGCACGGCGGCAGCAGGAGGCCCCAUUAGCUAAAGUGGUACCUCAGGUUAAGAACAGUUUCAGGUUAAGGAUGGACCUCCGGAACAAAUUAAGUUCGUAACCAGAGGUACCACUGUAUAAUAAUGAUAUGUCCUGGGCAUAAGCACCCAAAAGCAAAAUUCUAGGUUGAGCAAUUAGUCACAUUUUGACUAUAUCAAAUAAAUAGCCCCUUUAUUUAGGGCCUAUUUCUGCUCAUCAGGGUUGGGACUUACCACUUUCGGAAUCUGCCUAGACUCACAGGGCUUGCUAACUUUUUGCAGCCAACGGGCACAUUUGGAAUUUUGAAAGACCCACAGGUGCCAGUCACAAAAUGGCUGCUAUGGGUGUGUGGUGUAACCUAAAAUGGCUGGCAGUACAUCUUAAAAAGCAGAAACAGAGAAAUUGGUGCAUCACUCCCCACCUGCAUUAAAUUACGAUACAAUAUGAUACGAUAUCUUUAUUGUCAUUGUCCCAUACAGAACAAUGAAAUUGAAAAAUCUACAUAAGACAUUCAAAAACCCCUAAAAACUCUGAAACCCCAUUUUAAAAUACAAUAUACUCCUAUAGAGACUCCUUAUACUGUGUUUAAAACCAGAAUUGCAUUUGGGUAAAAACUGUUUCGCAGUCAUAGUCUUUAUAACCCUGUACCUUCUUCUAGAAGGCAGAAGCUGAAAGAGAUCAUUUCUGGGGUGCGUCCUAUCCUGCACUAUCUCUGCAGCUUUCUUAUGGCACCUGACAGCAUAGAUUUGAUCUAAGGUGGGAAGAGUGCACCCAGUUAUUCUCUCUGCAGUCUUUACAACCCUGGACAGCAUUGUUUUUUCCCUGACUGUGCAGCUCCCAAACCACACACACAGACCAUAAGUUAAUACACUCUCCACAGUACUAUGGUAAAAUGCCAUCAACACAAUGAGAGAUUGUUUUUCCAGAGGAUUCUCAGAAAAUAUAACCUCUGCUGUGCUCGCUUCAUCAGGUCUUUGCUGUUUUCUCCCCAGGUAAGGUCAUCUCUCCACUCCAUUCCCAGAAAUCGAAACACCGAGACCUGUUCCACGCACUUCCCCUCAAUAAUAAGUAGCUGAAUAUUCAAUUUACAUUUCCUAAAGUCCACAAUAAUCUCUUUUGUUUUCUUUAAGUUAAGGUGUAAGCUGUUUUUCCUGCACCACUCCCACAACUGAUCAACUUCCUUCCUAUAGGCUGCCUCCCCCCUCUCCAGCCGUGAUUAAACCAACCACCGUUGUAUCAUCUGCAAACUUAACUACACCUACACCAGCCACCCUUUCCUCACAGUGAGCAGUUUUUUGCACCUCCCCUCUCUUUAGAAUUGGGGGGGGGAGUGUCCAGUCCUGGUAUCCAAUGAAAUGUGGGGAUAUUUAAGGGUGUGUGUUCACAGUUCAUUGUGAAUUUUUGAGGGGUUAUUUACUGAGGCCCUUUCUAGGCACCAUAGAAAGGUGGGCACGCUGAAAUAUACUUGUUACAUGUUACAUGACUGAAAUCCAGCCUUUGAUGGCUAGGGAUAGGUAGAAUAAUAAUUAUACUUUUAUAGAAAAUGAGCUCUUGGGAUGGGAUGAAACAAAUUAUUAAUGUAAUCCAGUGGUUUUCAACCAGUGUGCCAUGGCACCCUGGGGUGCCUUGAAUGAUGGUCAGGGGUGCCGCGGGCAAUACUGGCCUCUGUCCCUCUUUCCUUCCCUCCCUCCUGUGAUGCCUCUCGCAUCUCUGCCUCUCAAAGGCUUACACGGCUGUUUACUGCAGCAGUCCUGGUUACAAGCUCCCCAGGCAAAUGGGGCUGGCCAGGGGGUGCUUCCCAGGCCCCUGUGGGGCAGUCGGAAGAGGCACUUCUUUUUGGGGCAGGGGGCGGCAGCUCAGAGACCAGGGGCAGCAGCGGUGGCUGCCCAGAGGAUUCCCAAGGAGAGGGGAGAGAAGAGGAGGCUGAGGGACCACUCCACAAUGGAGGGUGUUUGAAAAAGGGUGAAAGGCUGCCAGCUCUGCAGGCAAGGGGUGACCUAACUGGACUCUUGAGCCCCACAGGGGUGCCGCAGAAAGAAUGUAGUUGGUCAGGGGAGCCGUGGACUCAAAAAGGUUGAAAACCUCUGGUGUAAUCAAUCAACAGCAGAGUAUACGAAACAGCUAAUCCAGAGCAGAAGACAAAUAUGUUAAUUUAGUUGAUUCGAAUCGAGUAUUUCCAAACAGUAUUUUUAAAUCUCACUUCACCCUUUUCUUUCACUCUCAAAACACCUUAGAAAAGUGGAACAGGUGGGUGACUUAUGUAGAAAAGUGGGGGUAGACAGCAAGGUCAAGUGGCAAGCAAUGGCACAACCCAAGAAUUAGUCUAAUUUGCAAAAGAGAAAUCCGCUCUAAAUUCAGCACUUCCAAAUAAAAUCUGGUUUGUAAUGAGAGGAAGCAAGUACAUGGUGAAUUCUUCCAUUGAAGUCUGUGGUCCCUAGUCUAGUACAGUUUUGCUUGGGUUAUACCCUAACAUAUAGCCUUCAUGGGAUAUUGGGGGGGGGGGAGUAGCAAUAGAUUAGUUACAGAAUAAUUGAGUUGUGGAGUUGAAAGGGACCCCCAUGGGUCAUCUAGUCCAACCCCCUGGAAUGUGGGAAUCUCAAAUAGCUCAUCCAUGACAGAAGGCCAUACAUCCUCUACUUACGUGGUUAGCUUGUUUUAACUUCUCCCAUGUCUGCUUAUCUUUGCUUUUUACUAGCAACAACAAACUGUAGGGGUAGCCAACAGUGCCUCCCAGUUCCCAUCAGCCCCAAUCAGCAUGGCAAAUGGAUUAAGGAAAUUUAGUCCAACAGCAUAUUGAGGGCACUGUAUUGGCUAUUCCUGGCAUAGUGUAUACCUAUAAUGCAUGUUUAUAAUAGACAUACAAUAAAUCUAGUGCAUACAUCCUGUUUGUUGAGUUGUAGGCUUCUGAAUGGGGUGGGCAAACCUAGCCUUUGGAAAUUGGUUUUCAAACCUGGUUUUCAAAGAGCACAAUGGUUGGGACCAAAUAUUAACCAGCAAUGAAUUGUUGGCAAUAAACAGAACCCUCCUUUUUAAAAAAUAAAAAAGAAGUAGUGAGCCAUCUCUUUCACUUAACUAAUGGUGAUGCUAUUUAAAGUAGUUCUUAGAUAACCCAAGUUUGUAGUUCUUAGAUAACCCAAACUUUGCUAAGCAAAUCACAAACUGACCCCUUAAAUCCUUUGCAGUGAAACUGUGUUAAGUCCACUUCUAGUCCCAACCUCUUUCAUCAAUCCACAGUGAUAAGUUUCUAAAUAAAGAGGUACUGGGGCUCUUAGUCAACUAUAUACCGUUUGGUUGUUUAUUUGUGUGUGUGUUUUUUUUAAAAAAAACAACACCAAACAGCAAGCUUAUGUAAUUUUGUAAAGUGCCAGAAAUAUUGAUAGCACCUUUGCCUCCAGACCUCUCUUUUAGUGUGUAAUCAUUAUCAUACUAUUAGGGUGGUUGCACACAUUCUUCCUUUCAAUACUGUUUGCACCUGUGGAAGCUUUGGUGUGGUCACACUGCUUUACUUCCAGUCAGUGCAGAACCCAUAACUACCUGUUGAAAUCCUGUAUUUUUUUUCUACCACAACAUUCUGGUUAACUUUUUUGUCCUGCGUUUGUUGCCCUAUAGCCCCUUUGGACGGCAAUAAUGUGGAAGCAUUGGGGAGGCAUCACAGAACAAACAACCAGAAUAAAACUACCACUAAUGCACUAUUAUUGUGUCAAUAAUACACUGCAGAAUACACCCACAAUUAAACACCAGCUAUUGACAGUCUACCCAUUUAUACAAUCACAGAAUUGCAGAGGAAAGGGGCAGCACAUCUGGACAUCAGACUGAUCAAGCACACACAAAUCACCUGGUCAUAAUCUUCCCCACUGUGGUGAGAUUUUAUUUCUAUUUAAAUUAAGCAAUUGUUUCCAAAUUAGCAUGUGCACCUUUUAAGAAAUUACUCUUCCAUCCACUUCUUGGGUGGUUUAUUUUCUCUUUUUUGCCAGUCCAUAAGUGGCCACUCCAAUACAUUUCCUUGUCUUGUGGCUGAGCAGCAAAUAACACCUGCCUUUCCCCAAGUACCCAAGGGUGGCCAAGUUAUUUUGGCACCUGAAGCAGAAAAUCCCACAAAUUCCACUCCCUGGCAGUAAAAAUACAACAAAUAUUAAUUGUAUACAUUACAAUGUGCUGCUCUUUCAUGACACCCAAAACCAGCUGCCUACUAUUAGAGCCAACCUUGCCCAUAUCUGCUAAACUAUCGCUGGGUUAUAACUGUCUCUGUCAAUAUGUGUACUCUGUACUGGCAGAGUUAAUUCCAACAAAUAGCAAAUUGUAAUAGUUACCUGCAAUAAGCAAAACCUUCUGAACUUCAGCGACUACCCAUGAGCGCAACCAACCACUUUUCCUCUUCUGUAUUUUAUUUGCAUAUCUGAAGAGUACCGAUAGUUGUCAUUGGACAUGUAACGUCUGACCUCUUGUCCACAUUCCAGUUUUACAUUCUUCUCCCCACAACAAACAGGAACUGCCCUAGCAACCAUCUGGACCAGCUUAGUUGCUUGGUUCUCCCAGAAGGAAAACCUGCCCAUCUUUUUUAGUUCAGAUCUAUGUCACUGAAGCAGCCUUCGAUUCAGCCUAAAGGUCAAGGUCUUUAGCACCGACUAGGAAGAAAACUGUGUCGCAGCAGUACAAAGGUGCACGUAUACAAUACAUUUUGGGAGGAACUGUUAUAAAUAACUCGGGGGAAUUAACUGCAUUUUCUGUGCAAGCUCUUGGAGCUGAAACCCUUCCCCCAGGAAAAGAUGGGGAGCAAUGAGAAGAGGUGUGGGAGAAAGAGAUGCUUAACCUUUUCUCUGCCUGACAUGCCUCUAAGGAAUUUGUGAAGUCACGUGUUUGGAACCCUGUAGGGAAAAGCAGCGGAUGUGGCAAUUUUGGAGUGCAGAAGUGGUGGCUGCACGCCGCUCUCCAUGACUCUAAAUUACCCCUCCAAAAGCAGCUUUACUUGGGAAACAAACAAACAAAAAACACCCACCAGCCAUGAUUAGGACUCUGAUAUGCACAUUUCCAUGCAAUGUUAUUUCCUUAAUAAUACAAUUAUGAAACUAACAAAUAUGGCCCAUCUUGCUUGUAACUGUGUAGUUAUAGUUUUCUGUGUCAGUUUGUUUCAUUCUGUAUUUACAUAACUCAAGAAAUUAUUGGUUUGCAAAGCAAGCCUCAAUGAGACUCUGAUUCCAGCAGAAUUAUCUUUUAAAAUAUCCUGCUAGAGCUUAGUUUUCAGUCUAAUAGUAAGACUUGAAGCUAAAGUCUUGCAUGGUCUGCUAUGGGCACACCUGCACUCUUUUGUUCAAGACUUGAUUGGCUGGGAAGAGUAAGUGUCAUGUGACACCUUCCUUUUAAUUAGAAACCUACACGCAGCAUCACUGGUGCCAAUGGAGGUUGCAUUAGGAUACAAAUGGCAGCUUGUGGGGAGGGUUCAACAGGGGCAGCAGGGGAGGGGGAAGGUUAUACCACCUCCCUGUCCCUGAUGAUCCUGGUUCUGUUUUAGGGCCCUCAUUGCUGCUCUUUUUAUUUUUAUAAUGUUAAUUAGGUAAAGGUAAAGGGACCCCUGACCAUUAGGUCCAGUCGUGACCGACUCUGGGGUUGCGGCGCUCAUCUCGCUUUAUUGGCCAAUGGAGCUGGCGUACAGCUUCCGGGUCAUGUGGCCAGCAUGACUAAGCCGCUUCUGGCGAUCCAGAGCAGCGCACGGAAACACCAUUUACCUUCCCGCCAGAGUGGUACCUAUUUAUCUACCUGCACUUGGACGUGCUUUCGAAAUGCUAGGUUGGCAGGAGCAGGGACCGAGCAACGGGAGCUCACCCCGUCGCGGAGAUUCGAACCGCCGACCUUUGGUGAGCAAUUCCUAGGCCCUGUGGUCUAACCCACAGCGCCACCCGCGUCCCUUAUAAUGUUAAUUACAUUCACUUAAUUAGUUUGGCCUGUUUAUAUUGGCACUACCAAAAUAAUCAUAGUACUCACUACUGCAAUGCUUAGAGUAAGAAUUGCCAACACUUGAAAUUUAAAAAAAUGGUACCUAAGUGGGGCAGAAUUCUCUGGCUCAGGCGGCAAAAGUUAUGGUUAGUCUGGUAGUUUUUGCCCUGGUGGAGGUGGCAGAAACUUGUGUGAAUGAAUUUUCUUCCCCUCCCCUGCCUGUAAUUGAGGAGGAACCAACCAAGCCUUGCCUCUGCUCCUGCCUGUGCUCCCAGAAGGAUUUCUCCCCAUUAAGUAAGAAGGCAUGCUGGACUUUGGAGGUUUCUCUCCCUAAGACUGCUUCUGGGCAGGAUGAUAACUAGGAGGGAAGUCUCCACAGUGACAACUGCUCCAGACAUCGAGCCCAAUGUGGUUCCCUUCCCUCUCAGCUGAAUGGGCAUUACCAGAGGGUUUCUUGGUCUUGCCCCUCAGAGAUUCACACUUUGGCCAAUUGCAUUAUGGACAAGCUGAAGACCCCUGAGUGGACUCCCCCGUUUCUUCAUUUGCCUCUGGGAUUAAUGCAGCCAAGGGUGAUGAUGAUCUCCCCAAUAAUUCUGAGGAUCAAAGGAUGGAGAUGGUUCUCCGAAGGCUUCAUGAAGCCAUGGCCCUAGGCAUUAGGACAUCUGCUAAAUGUAAAGGUAAAGGGACCCCUGACCGUUAGGUCCAGUCGCGGAUGACUCUGGGGUUGCGGCGCUCAUCUCGCUUUACUGGUCGAGGGAGCAGGCGUACAGCUUCCGAGUCAUGUGGCCAGCAUGGCGAACCAGAGCAGCUCACGGAAAUGCCAUUCCCCUUCCCACCGGAGCGGUACCUAUUUGUCUACUUGCACUUUGACGUGCUUUCGAACUGCUAGGUUGGCAGGAGCAGGGACUGAGCAACGGGAGCUCACCAUGUCAUGGGAAUUUGAACUGCCGACCUUCUGAUCGGCAAGCCCUAGGCUCUGUGGUUUAAUCCACAGCGCCACCUGUGUCCCAUAGGACAUCUGCUACUGCAUCUCUAUUGCUGCAGGUGUCCUUGUUCUGGGCUAAGGCUCUGCUUAAGGAGGCACCUCAGAGGUGUUCGCACCUGGCACAAGGUUUACGUAAGUUAGAAAAAGCCCCUGCCUUCAUGGUGAUGCUGGACUAGGUGCCAUACAUUUUCUUGCAAUAGCAAUGGCUGCAGAGGCCAAAACCAUGAUUUGUUGAAGUGCUAUCAUACAAAAUGUUUAUAAUUAGCAAAUAGGAACUGUGCUAUAGGGUAGGUCUUAUUUGCGGGUCAUAGGAGUCUACAAAUAGCACUUUCCCUCGUUUCUUUCUCCACUGAAAUGUUUGCCUUAAAAUAACAGCUGUUUUGCUUAUUGUCAGAUGAUGCUUUUGUUGUCCAGCUCCUUUGAUUUGUUAAAACAAAAUGUCAGUGACUCCACAGAGCACGUGCCUGAAGGGCAUUCCUUAGUGCUAGGGACAAUAAAUACAGCGAUCUUUGCCAGUGCCAUUUAAACUGGCCAUCGUAAAUCAAUCAUUUUCUGAAGACCGAUACGUGCCGAGGAUGAAAAUAAUUGGUGACCAGCACAAAGCCUGAGCAUUAGCUAAGCUUGGAGUGGACAUGAGAGGUAUAGAGGGUCAUGCGCAGGCCAUCCUGAGUAGCAUUCAUUUCCCUAUAUUUAAAUAUUUUGUAUAUAUCAUGAGCCAAUAAAUCUCAUAUCCUUGGGGGAAUCCUCCAGCAAAUUACCACGAAGAAGCUGCAGCGCUACACAACAGCUGUACUGAAAUGUCAGAAGGGGCUUACACAGCUGACACAAGCUGCUGAAAACAGAACAUGGCAGCACUUCCAUAAAUUCUCCUCCCCCAGCCAAGCGCUGCUUAAUAUAGACCGACCAUAUGCUCUAGCCCUUGCUCACUCUUACACAAGCAUCUCCUAAGAUUGAGUUGUACUGCAAUUUCGGGCAAAAAAAUAAAUAAAUCUUUCCCACAAACCUUAGGGGCAUUGAGGGUUUCAUAAAAUUGAAGAAGAUAUAACCAGCUCUGGUUAUUGUCUUUCUUAAAUUUCCUUUAGGCGUUUCUGGGUCUUUUUUUUUUACAUCAACAAAGAACAUGUCCGAGUUCAGCCAAAACUCUGACCAAGAAGAAAUCUGUUCUGAAGAGAUCGAUGAAGAUGAAAUCCUAGCAAACCUCUCCCCCGAAGAACUGAAGGAGCUACAAUGUGAAAUGGAAGUCAUGGCUCCAGACCCUGAAGUGCCAGUUGGAAUGAUACAGAGAGACCAGACUGAAAAGCCACCGACGGGAAACUUUGAUCACAGAUCUCUUGUUGACUACCUGUAUUGGCAGAAGACCUCAAGGCGGAUGCAUGAGGAUGAACGAGUGCCUGUCACUCUCUUGCCAUCGGAGGUAAGAAACAGGAAAUGCAACUAUUCUGCAUGCUUCUCGUGGUGAGAAUAGCAACACCGAAUAGCAACAUCUAAAUAAUAAUUAGAUUAAUUGAAUUGUGCUACAAGGCUUUGGGGGGGGGCAUUUUGCUGGCUUUUAUAAAUGCAGACAGAGUAGACCUUCUUGGGAAGGAAGUUCCAUAGCGAAGAGCUCCCACCUAAAAGGUCUUUUUCCACAUCCUAGCCAAAUGUACCUGUCUCAGAGUCAGCCCUUGGACUAUGCCGCUGCCUGGGAUCUUAAAGGGAAAGCGAGCUUGUAUAAAGGAAGGUGCUUCCUAACUAUUUUAGCCGGUAUGUGGUUUUUGAAUCAGUUUUAAUUAUUGUCAUAUGACCUAAGCCCAAUGAAUUACUGGAUCAGUGCAGAAGCUCACAUGAUCAGGUGUGAAGUCUGAGAAUAAAAAUGGAGUUCUAACACAGGAAGAGCAAGACAUUCUGCUGUGCCUUUGCUUUCCUUACUUCUGUGUGAUGCAGGUAUGCUGUGCAGGAACAGAGCCCUGUACCUUAGACAGGUGCUGGAAACUGAUGAAUACACACAGCCUCCCAGAGAUGAAAUGGUGAGGUCUUUUGGCUGGAAGAUUCUCCCUGACUUCCAUGGGAGAGGGGAGAUUCCUUCUUGAAUGCAACAAAAGUCAAACGGUUCAAAUAGAUAAUAUUCAGCCUUGGAAGAAUUGAUUGAUGGAUUAAAGCUAUUUGUGUCCUGCUUCUCUUAUAAUUAAACGCAGCUCACAACAAAAGAUGCAAAAAUGAAAUAUCGGAGUACAGAGAACACACUAAUUAAUUAUUAAUUAUAAUUAAACGCAGCUCACAACAAAAGAUGCAAAAAUGAAAUAUCGGAGUACAGAGAACACACUAAUUAAAAGCAGGAUUUUAAAAAUUUAUCUGUGUAAGCAAAAGCAAUUCAAGCUAUGAGGGAAGCAGAAACGGAGUAGCAGGCUCAUAUUCUUCUCAGAUACUAAAGAGGCAAAGAUAUGGGGCUUUUAAGCUUUUUUAAAAAACAAAAAAACAAAAACACCACUAUUUUAUUUUACGUAUUUUGUAAAAUUUAUACACUGCUUGACUGCAAAAAAACCAACCCCAAAACCUCAAAGCGGUUUAGGAAAAGAGAAACAAUAAAAGUGAGGGGAGGAAACCAUACAAAUGCAAGAAUUGCAGGAGCAGGGAGUAGGAAUCAUGUUUUCACAAUAACUCAGAAUUUCAGUCCUAGAGCUGAGGAAACAUGUUUCCUUGCUUGGGAAACACUGAGGGGAAUGUCCUCAGGAUCACAUGUAAUAAGCCAGGAACAAUUGUGUGCUUGAUUUUGCUUCGCUUUUCCAUUACAAGGUUUAGAAAUGCCUUGCCUUAGGAGAAGGUUUUGUACUGACUUUUCACAAGACUAUUCCUGCAUAGAAGUGCUCAGGAGUCUCACCUGGACAGGAUGAAGAUGAAGUCAGAUACCAGGCACUGACAAGUGAGCAGCGUAUAUCAGUUAGAAAUGGUCAGUUGUCAGUGGAGGUUUGGGCAAAAUGAAUAUGUAGUGGUUUAGGGGAAAUAGUGGAAGAGAGAGAAGUGACUUAGUCAACAGAGGAGAGCAGAGAACAGAGAAAUAGAACAAAAGGCACAGACAGAGGAGUGGGGUAGGAGACCUCUCUCACACUUUAUUGCUCCUGCUCCAUUAGAAACGGUAGAUCUAACAGGAUAUGAGACAACAAAGAAAAAGAGCGAGAAUUGAAAUUAGGGUUCCAUAACCCUGCCUGGCUGAAACUGAGACAUUGCUUAAAUAUUUUACUGACUGACUCUUACAGUUACUGCUGCAAUUACACCAGGACUAGUAGAAAGACUGUAUUGUGCUUAAAGGUAAAGGGCCCCCUGACCAUUAGGUCCAGUCGUGACCGACUCUGGGGUUGCGCCGCUCAUCUCACUUUAUUGGCCAAGGGAGCUGGCGUACAGCUUCCGGGUCAUGUGGCCAGCAUGACUAAGCCGCUUCUGGUGAACCAGAUCAGCGCACAGAAAAGCCGUUUACCUUUCCGCCAGAGUGGUAACUAUUUAUCUACUUGCACUUUGAUGUGCUUUCGAACUGCUAGGUUGGCAGGAGCAGGGACCGAGCAACAGGAGCUCACCCCGUAGCAGGGAUUCAAACCGCCGACCUUCUGAUUGGCAAGCCCUAGGCUCUGUGGUUUAGACCACAGUGCCACCCACAUCCUGUAUUGUGCUUAGUAUUGCUCUAAAAUUAUUCAGGAAAAGCCAGAGGAAGUGAUAACAGCAGAGCAUGCUAAUUAAAAAGAUUUAUACUAAAAAAGAUUUUAGCAUAAUCUGGUAUAUAGUGUGAGGCCCACAAGAGAGAUGCUUGCUUGGUGCUGACUCCCCAGCCAAGCUUGCUUGGUGCUGACUUUGUCAUCUUUCUGGUGCCAGGCAAAUUUACUCUAGCAGGCUUUGUAAAUUACUUUAGGAUGGCUGGAAAUUAAACUAAACUAACACUGUGGGUUAAACCACAGAACCUAGGACUUGCCGAUCAGAAGGUCAGCAGUUCGAAUCCCUGCAACGGGGUGAGCUCCCGUUGUUCAGUCCCUGCUCCUGCCAACCUAGCAGUUCGAAAGCACGUCAAAGUACAAGUAGAUAAAUAGGUACCGCUCCGGUGGGAAGGAAAAUGGCGUUUCCGUGCGCUGCUCUGGUUCACCAGAAGCGGCUUAGUCAUGCUGGCCAAAUGACCCAGAAGCUGUACCCCGGCUCCCUCCGCCAGUAAAGCAAGAUGAGCGCCACAACCCCAGAGUUGGUCACGACUGGACCUAAUGGUCAAGGGUCCCUUUACCUUUACCAGUAUCUUUAACCACUACCUAAGCUAAGCAGGUCCAGGGGAAAAGGGGGCACCGAGUUGGAAAUUCUAUGGAUUCCGAUAUCUUAGAAUUACCAGAAAAAUAUAGAGUGGAAAUCUAAACAUUGAGCAUAUCUCAGCUUUAUUGUCUUUCAGACCAAAGAAUGUGUACUAUGAUUGCUCUCAACCUUUUAAACAUUUUAAACAUAUUGCAAAGCCAGGUGAGCAGUGCUUCCCUACCUCAUUCUGCCCUGCCAGUCACUACUACUACUACUACUACUAAUUUAUAAUAUAAUAAUUUAUUAUUUAUACCCCCAUCUGGCUGGGUUUCCACAGCCAUUCUGGGUGGCUCCCAAUAGAAUAUUAAAUACACACUAAAUUUAAAACAAUAUAAAUUUUAGUAUAUGUACCCCACCCAUCUGACUGGGUUGGUUCAGCCACUCUGAGCAGCUUCCAGCAUAUACAAAAACAUAAUUAAACAUUAAAAACUUCCCUAUGCAGGGCUGCCUUCAGAUGUCUUCUAUAGCUUGCAUAGUUACUUCUCUCCCUGACAUAUGAUGGGAGGGCAUUCCACAGGGCAGGUGCCACUAAAGAGAAGGCCCUCUGCCUGGUUCCUUGUAACCUCACUUCUUGCAAUGAGGGAACUGCCGUAAGGCCCUCGGAACUGGACCUCAGUGUCUGGGCUGAACGGGGGUGGAAACGCUACUCAGACCCUACUGAAAACCCCACAUGUAUGUUCUUUUACAAUGUCCUGUGGGGCUUGUUUAAUGUCCACCUGUAUGUGGUGAUGGAAAAAGAAAUGCUAUGCUUACAAUAAUUCUAAAACAAUAGUUAUUUUGUGGAUAGGAAAACAGGGCAAUCAGUGGAGGGAAAUGGAUGUUUUAGCCAGAAGACCAAUACAUUUGACAUCCAGAGGGAUCUGUGGAGAAAUGGAACAACAAGCCUGACUGCAGAAUGAGUCCAAUAAUGUAUAUUAUUUUGAAACCCAUUAUAAAAUAAUGAAGUAGUUAUUUCCAGAUUUUGACAUAUGAAAGGUUAUUGUAUAAUAGUAAUGUAGCAGACAUUACUGACCAAACUGCGGGAGGCAGUGGAAGACAGGAGGGCCUGGCGUGCUCUGGUCCAGGGGGUCACGAAGAGUCGGACAUGACUAAACGACUAAACAACAACAACAACAAUGUAGCAGAGAAACUCAAAUAAUAUUGACAUCAGAGCAUUUGGACUGUGAAAAGUAAAGAAUAAAUUCCAGCAUAGUACAUACUGGAAAUUAGAACUGUGUAUUUUCUUUUAAAGUAACUCAUCUGCACAGUGGGGAAACAAAUUCAAAUGUCACAUCAACUUUGUUGGUUUUAUUUAGUAGAUGAGGCAAAACCAUUUUAAAUUAUUUCAGCUCUUAGCAUUCUGUUUUCUGCAGAGACACACUGUGGAGAAGUCCGAAGAAAAUUCUGCAGAUAUUAGUAAUGAGAAGCAGAUGGUGAAAAAUAAUGCAGGGAAAACAAAUGGAGACGUAAGAGACUAUAAAGAGAAUGAAGAAGAGGAAGAGGAAGGUGAAGAGGAGGAAGAGGAGGAAGAAGACGAGGAAGAGGAGGAAGAAGAGGAGGAGGAGGAGGAGGAGGAUGAAGAGGAGGAGGAGGAGGAGGAAGGAGAGGAAGAACAGGAGGAGGAGGACGAAGAGAAAGAUAAGGAAGAACUGGGAACAAAGAAACCAUAUGGUGAAGAGGACAGCAGAAAUGAACAUGAAACAGAGGGAUCAGAUGAAAAACAAGACAAUAAUGAAAAGAAAGCAUCAAAAUUAAAUAUUCCCAAAAAAUUAGCUGUAGAUACUAAUUUUAUUAAGUUAAGUGCCAGGCCUUCAGGAAAUCAAACCAAUUUAGAUGAGAGCCUGAGAAAGGUCCAGAAGAAUGACCCAAGCAUGACAGAACUCAACUUGAACAACAUUGAGAACAUCCCCAAGGAAAUGCUGGUGGACUUUGUCAAUGCUAUGAAAAAGAAUAAGCACAUCAAAACAUUCAGUUUAGCCAAUGUGGGGGCAGAUGAUAAUGUGGCUUUUGCCUUGGCCAACAUGCUGCGUGAAAACAGGAGCAUUACUACACUGAAUAUUGAUUCAAAUUUCAUCUCGGGUAAAGGAAUUGUUGCAAUUAUGAGGUGUCUGCAGUACAAUGAGAAGCUGACUGAGCUACGCUUUCACAACCAGAGAAGCAUGUUGGGCCAUCAAGCAGAAACGGAGAUCGCUAGGUUACUGAAAGCCAACCCUACGCUGCUCAAGAUAGGGUAUCACUUUGAACUUCCAGGUCCCAGAAUGGUGGUUACCAAUCUGCUCAGCAGAAACCUCGAUAAACAGAGGCAGAAAAGGAUAGAGGAGCAAAAGCAGCAGCAACGAAAACAGCAGAAAGAGCUAAUAGCCAUGUUAGAGAACGGACUCGGAUUGCCUCCUGGCAUGUGGGAAUUGCUAGGGGGACCAGUGCCUGCUUCAGUGAUGCCUCCUUCGAUGCAACCUCCAAUGCCACCAGUCCCCAAAGCUCCAUCUGCGGGCAGGAAAAACGAACCUGCAAGAAAACCAGAACCUGAAAAGGUAAGCAGCGGCGACUUCAAAAUAGUGAAACUCAAGAGAACCCAGCGGAAACCCACCAUAAAAGAAUAUGUGGAGCCUGCUGAAAAAACCAACCUCAAAGAUGUGAUCAAGACACUCAAGCCUAUUCCAAGAAGACGGCCACCUCCUCUGGUGGAAGUCACUCCUAGAGAUCAGCUACUUAAUGAUAUUCGCCAGAGCAAUGUAGCUUAUCUGAAACCGGUGAGUGCAAUGGGGUGAAAAAGGAAGUAGGAAAAUACUGCAAUAUCUUAAGAUAUUUCAUUCAAAAUCGAGUCAUUUGGGGAUGACAACAGCUGUGUGUUGUGGAGACAAUAGCCUGAAUCCUAAGGGUGAAAUUGCACAUUGCAAAAGCUGUGUUUCUGAGCCUUUAAAUCAGGCACCCCCAAAUUCGGCCCUCCAGAUGUUUUGGGACUACAACUCCCAUCAUCCCUAGCUAACAGGACCAGUGGUCAAGGAUGAUGGGAGUUCUAGUCCCAAAACAUCUGGAGGGCUGAGUUUGGGGGUACCUGCUUUAAAUGCAAGCAUUUUCAAUUUAGACAAAGUGUCAGUGUAUCCCAACCCACCACCCUUGAUCCAGUUCAUCACCCUACCAAGGGAGAGGGUAAGGAACAAAUCCUUUACCUCCACUGUAGUCCCAAUCCAGAGCCACAAUUUGCACUGGAGGAAAACUUUUGAUUCACUUUAAUAUGGAUAUUUUCCAUAUGCAGAUUGCAGGCAGGGAAUGAUCUGCAUAUGGAACCAUAGCAUCGUAGUCCCCCUAUCUCCUACUCUUAUCCUAAUUUAAAUUGGGUGUCAUGUACCGGCAAUUUGUAUAUAUAGCUAUUUGUAUAUAUAGCUAACAUUAGCAGUUAUUUAUUAUUAUUUACUUUUAACAUUUAUAUACUGUACCACAUUUUGCAAAACGAAAACAAAAAGCAAAAUAAACCACAGGGUAGUUUACAACAUAGAACGUAAUAAACAAUGUAUGUCAAUAUAUCCCAUAAUAGCCAGACAAUACAAAACAUUAGAAUGGUUAUGUAGAUACAGUUCAGAAUAAUAAGCAAUACAUAGUAAUAAAUAUGAUAUAAUAACAGUGCCAAAUUAUACACGCUCUUAUAAACCCUGUACAAUCCAGUAGCUCAUAUAACCUGCUUAUCUCAGGUGCAACUAUAAACAUAAUGCACAUCUAAUAACAACAGCCUCCUAAAAAAAUAAGGGAGGGUGAAAUCAGCGGCAGGAUAUCCAGUGCCGGUGUCACGCUAUUUUGCACCCUAAGCAAGACUAAGUACUUGCACACACACACCCCAGAUGUCUUGUAGAAAAAAUGAAAUACACAAAACUUGAAACUGCUAAAUUUGUAAAUUGCAGGAAUAAGUAAUACAACGAUCUUUUAUUGUCUUUCUCAAGUACAAAAGAAAAUGUUUUAGCACACAAAUAAUUUUGAACAAACCUGUGAUAUUAAAAUUAAAGCCUCUGAAAAGUCUCUAUUUCAGGCACAUCAAAAUAUUACUUUGCGUGCCUUUUCCCUUACAAAUUUUGUCACCUAUUCCUUCAGGUGAAGUGUAUCUGAUGCCUGGGCAUGUUCAGUUGAUAAAGUUGCCAAGUUUAAGAUGUGACUUUUAAGAUUUAAAAUGAAGUGUAUUUUCACUUUUUAUGUAACAUAACCUCCAAUCAACUCUGCAGUCUAUUUCAUAUAUACUUAAAAAAAAUUCUAAUGUAUGAAUUACCUCAAAAAUGAUGAAAUUCUUCAAAAUAUAGAAGUAAAAUACUAUCAGAAAUUUAUAAGAUGUAACAAAAUUAAUCUGUGUAAAACUGUCCCUGAAAGGUCAGUACUGUGCCCCUCUGAGGUCUGUACCCUAGGCAGCCUAAUAAUAGCACCAGCCCUGAGGAUAUCUAAACCUUCAGAAAAUGUGUAAGAAAUGCAAAUAUCUCUCUGAACAAACGUAACUCUUAAUUCCCCAUUCACCAGAGAAAAUUACAAAGCUUCCCACCUUUCACUGGUUAACUUCCCUUUUCUUAUCCGGUCUCUCACGCUGAGAGAUCUUCACUUUACGUACUGCCUCUCACUCACAGUCUUUUUACCAUUCAUCAGCCAUUCUUAUGGGGGUGCAGUCCUUGCAUCCUAAUAAGCAAGAAGAAGGAGGUUUCUCCCCAGAAGGAGGGACGCCAAAGGGGAAUUCCCUGUGGUGUAUCCCCAUUGAGGUGACCUCCCCCACCACCACUGGUGAUGGCUGUGGAAGGAAAGUUUUCUGUCCCCUUAUUUCCGCCGCAGAUAUCUCAUGAAGGCUGGAGGGAAGGGGAAAGGGGGAAUGGCCUGCAACUGGGCAGACCUCUCUUCUAUUCCUGACUUAGGAUCCAAAGCAUGCAAACUUCAUUUGUGCACUCACAUUAAUAUUAUGUAAAUACUAAUGAUGGAAUCUUUGUAUUUUGUAUUGUUUUAAAAACCCACAUUUUUUAAAAAAUUCCAAACUAAGAUGCAUGUGGAACAUUUACUGUUUUCAGAAGAGAGAGAAUUUUAAUAGUAGCUAUCGAAAGUAAUUUUGGAAGGAUCCCUUGCAUCAUGGAGGAACCCAUGUUUUGCGCCGGGUUCAGUCUCUGGCAAUUUCAGCUAAAAGAGAGAGGCUGCCAAUCAGACUACAAAUGACAACAACAACUUAUUAUUUAUAUGCCACCCAUCUGACUGGGUCGCCCCAGCCACUCUGAGCGGCUUCCAACAUAUUCUCAGGCUCAACAUGCAGAUGUCAGUGGGGGUGGGGGUGGUGUUGCUAAUAUGGCCAUAUUACUCUGAGUGCAGCCAUACUUUGCAGCUGUCAGGUGGAUGGCAUUAACACUCCAUGCGCCUUUCAAUGCUGUUGUUAUCAGCAUUUUUAGAUCCAUUAUAAUUGCAGCAUUUAAGUCUGUACAGUGGUACUUCUGGUUACGUACUUAAUUCGUUCUGGAGGUCCGUUCUUAACCUGAAACUGUUGUUAACCUGAAGCACCACUUCUAAUGGGAAGGUAAUGGGGCCUCCUGCUGUCGCCACGCCGCCAGAGCACGAUUUCUGUUCUCAUCCUGAAGCAAAGUUCUUAACCUGAAGUACUAUUUCUGGGUUAACGGAGUCUGUAACCUGAAGCGCCUGUAACCUGAAGCGUAUGUAACCCGAGGUACCACUGUAUUGGAAACUACCCAGUGCUGGCUUUGGGGUCCCACCCCCUCGGGGGGCUGGGAUGAAAUGUCUUUGUGAGCCUCCUCCUUGAGUUGGCCCUCAAGGGAAGCUGGGUUCCUUCUCCUUCACCUUGCUUCCAUCACUGCUGACAUUACUAAUGGAACAUGUGAACAGAAAGCAAUAAUGAGGAGGAGGCGCAAGUCCUAGAGAGGGUCUGAAAAUUGGCUGUGAUCUCCUACCUGAAGGUGCCCAAUAGUGGCAACCACUGGGCCUUCUGCUACAGUUUGUUUAUUCUGAUUCUGUUCCCAAAAGGGCAAUCACAUCAUAUUAAUGAUAAAGUGUAUUCAGUGGGUCUCUGCAUGAAAUCUUACAUUCUCCACACUGUGGCACCAAUAUAUGCGAGUGAUGUAUAUGUGUUCACACACAGUGAAUUGGCUAAAAAGUGCCCAGAUUUACCAUUCAGUACUUCUUAUUUUUCCUUCUCUAGUCAUAUUGCUUGAGGAGGAGCAUUUGUCUGAAAUCCUUCUGACCCCGGGUGGGGCGUCUCCAGUGUCAGCCACCAAGAGCAUUGCAAGAUGUGGAGAUGCAGGGUGCAUUUUCCAACAAAUCCCCCCUCUCAAUUACACAGCUGGAAAAGCUCACCCACAUUAGAUCUCUAUCCUUAGGGUGUUUUGCAUGCCUUGGAUGUUUUCACUUGGAUCAGGUCCCGUGUCCUGCACCUGUUAAUCACUGAGGUCACCCAUAGCAGUUACGUUUAAUUAUGUCUUCCUCGGUAGUUCAGAAAUAAUUUUCCAAGCUUGAAAGUCACGCAAUAUACAUUACACCUCCUGGCGGUUCCCUUCAUUACGUUAAGACAUCUGGGCUAGCUUCCUGUCUAGAAACAUGGCAUUCUAAAAUCAGAGCCAGUUUUAAUGCUUUCUGUUUUCAAUCUGUUGUAGCAUUCUUAGUUUUAACUUGAACUAAAUAGCUGUUAUAGACAAACAGCCUGGACAGGGCUAGAGCAUUUUAUUUUAUUUAAUGCCCAUCAUUAUUUCUCAUAUAUAUAUAUUGGUCUAGUGGUUUAAUUGUAGCCUUCCAAACUGUAAAACUUCUAGAACGCUUCAGUCACAUAAAACAACAUAGGAGAACAUUCCUUGACAUGUCCAUUUUGUCAAUUUGAGGACAGUUAAAUGAGGGGCUUUUAUUGCUGGUGAAAGGGGUGGUGGUCAAUUCACACCUUCUGUUCCAGCACUUCUACUUCCCACAAUCCAUAUAUUCCCACAAUGGAAAAUCAGUGGAAAUGGGUUUAGAAACAUAUAACACCGUAAGUCAGGACAGCCUGCAAUUGCCUUAUAGAAGAAAUUCCAGAUACAGUUUGUGACCCUCUGUGCACCUCAGUGAAGGGAAGGAACAGGCUGAUGUUGUGUGUGUGCAUAAACAGAUGAGACACACACCUGGCACUUAGUGUCUUCCAGCCACAAGCACCUUGCAAUGCUCGUUAGAGAACAAUCAACAGCCAGCAUACUCAUCCCAUCCAUCACCUGGAUGGCCUAAGCUUGUCAGUUCAGCUGUUUGUCACACCUGCAGCUCAGUAGAAUGCCUUUUUACCAAGCAUAUUGCAAAAAAAUAGUAACACAAAUCUUUAAUAAAAGCACAGUUAUAAACCUGGGACAUUUCUAAAAUUAAAACCCCCCUCUCUAUGUACUUGUGGUGGACAACUUAUGCUGAGCCUGGUAAUAAAUUUACGUGGAAAGUAAGUUCUGUUGAAAUGGAUGGAUUGCCUAAAGUAUGCGUUUAGGGUUUGGUUGUAAAGAGAACAUCAUCUAUUGCAGGCAUCCCCAACCUGCGGCCCUCCAGAUGUUUUGGCCUACAACUCCCAUGAUCCCUAGCUAACAGGACCAGUGGUCAGGGAUGAUGGGAAUUGUAGUCCAAAACAUCUGGAGGGCCGAAGGUUGGGGAUGCCUGAUCUAUUGCUUGUAGUGGAUUGAAUUGUCACAAUGUGUCUGGUAUAUAUUGAAGAGUUAUUUUGUUUAUACCAUGGAUGGGGAAUUGAACCCAGUUACCAUUUUGUUUCAUUUGGAAGAAGAUUGUGAUGAGGAUAUAUCUUCCGCCUCCCCCACUACCCUACAUUUACAUUUCUUAUUUUUGCUGCACAGGUGCCACUUCCCAAAGAGCUGGAGUAGUUACUCCCCAUUCAGCUGAAGGAAACAACUUGGAGAAGGAAAGAAAAAGAACAAACCAAACACACAGACUGUGCAAGUGUUGCUUCAUAUUGUUCCAGGGCCUGUUUCCUUCAAAUGGAAGACAUGGGAACAAUGCUUAAAGCAUGCCACCUGUUGAAGUGAUGAUUGAAAAGGAUAGAAUGGAAACAGUAUAAAUGGUUAAUAAUUCACACGUACGCGUUUGUAAUGGGCUAGUGCCACCCUAUAGUCUCCGUCAGCUUGCUGGGCUUUAAUUUCAGAGGGUAGGGGCGGAGAGCAGAGGGAUAUUAUCCCCUAUGUUAUAACUUUUAUAGAUUUCUUCAGGAAAUCCCUGUCGCAAUCAUGUUGCCUUCUGCUUUUAAACUUUACAGAAGCAUAUGGUGUCCUUUUGUGAGUUUUUCUUCUCCCCUACAUUCACCCAUCCUUGUGGGGCAUCUCUGUCUGCCAGCUUCAGCACAGGUGUGUGUUGGGUGUUUGGCAAACCACAGCUACUUUCAUCUUUAUUGGAUGAAGGAUACUGCAACAGAAAUGAACAUCUACUUUCAGGGAUGGUUGCUGUCAGUACUUUUUUUUUCUGGGGGUACAAAUACGCCUAAACAUUUUGUGAAUCUAACGGGAGAAGAAACUAAACAAAUUAAAAAUGUUAGUUUCUUCUCUAGCACGGUGAAUCGUCCGUUCCAUUGAAUAGCAGGGUGAAUUGUCAGUUCCGUUGCAACCCCUGACGGCGGCCUCAUUUCCUGUCACGGUGUUUUAGAUGGAAGCAAGCGUUUAAUGUAUGAAGUAGGAGUAUGAAGCAUGGUGAUUGGUCAGUUUCGUUGUUACCACCUCCGAUGGCAGCUUCAUUUCCUUUCCUGGCGAUUUUCUUGAGUCAAAGUGAGAGUACCACUAAACAUUUUUUAAAGAAAAAAAGCACCGGUUGCUGUACAUCAGCCGCAAAAGCCAAGAUAUAGAGGUGGUGGCUGUGAAGACUCAAUGAGCAAUGAUUUCCCAAGGUUUUAGGAAACCGCUGGCAGGACACCCCCAGUGGGCUCUCCUUGCAGCUACCAGCUGUUCCCCUUCCAAUUUUUACUAUCACAUCCAUCUAGACUGAAAGCUGUGGAGUAGCAAUGGCUGCCCAAAGCUACAGCUCCUCCUUCUUUACAUUGCUGCGGCAGCUAGACUGGUAACUGGGAGCGGCUGCCGAGACCCUAUAACACCGGUCUUGAAAGACCUACACUGGCUCCCAGUACGUUUCCGAGCACAAUUCAAAGUGUUGGUGCUGACCUUUAAAGCCCUAAACAGCCUCGGUCCAGUAUACCUGAAGGAGCGUCUCCACCCCCAUCAUUCUGCCCGGACACUGAGGUCCAGCUCCAAGCAGUGGUGUAGCGUAGGGGGUGCGGGGGGGGGCGGCCGCACCUGGCGCAACAUCUGGGGGGCACGUGCUCACAGCUCUCUGCCCCUACCUGGCUCACUCAGGGUUAGGGGGCGCAAAUUACUUGCCUUGCCCCGGGUGCUGACAACCCACGCUACGCCACUGGCGCCAAGGGCCUUCUGGCAGUUCCCUCACUGCGAGAAGCAAAGCUACAGGGAAUUGGGCAGAGGGCCUUCUCAAUAGUGGCACCUGCCCUGUGGAACGCCCUCCCACCAGAUGUCAAAGAGAAAAACAACUACCAGACUUUUAGAAGACAUCUGAAGGCAGCCCUGUUUAGGGAAGCUUUUAAAGUUUAAUAGGUUAUUGUAUUAUAUUCUGUUGGAAGCCGCUCAGAAUGGCUGGAGAAACCCAGCCAGAUGGGCGGGGUAUAAAUAAUACAUUAUUAUUAUUUUAAAAAAUUAUUAUUAUUUGCAAGGUGAGCAAGCAAAUGACAAUGAGGAGCAGCAGCAUGUCAGAUGAGGGCUGUGGAGGAUUGGCUUUUGCAGAUACCUCACCCUACCACCCUUCAGCUCUCAGUAAAGCUUGUCUUUGUGAACUUUAUGUCUUAUCAGGGCUAUCCAUUUAGGUAAAGUGUGAGCGGCCUACAUCUGUACCCAAAGGCAAAUCGGGGAAGACAGCUGAAACUGGUUUGGAGAACAUUGACACCACUUCCUAGGCUGCUGUGCUGACAGGCUUGCAUUCUUUCUUGACAGCUUCAAGUUACAGUGGGGCACUUUCUGCGAUUUCAUUUAUUCUUCUUCAUCACUGUCUAAAAACAUGGCAUCUCGGGCUCUUGGAGAAGAGUAGCUCUCCUUCCACCCCUGGCAGCUCCACCCUGUCCUUGCUGCAUCCCUGAUGGUCUCUUUCCUUCCCCACUGUCAAGGCCACCCUCUGUAUAGCACAGCCAUGGGACUGCAGUUUCAGAUAUCCGCUGGGGCAGCUUGUUAAUGGACUGGAGGAGCUGGGGCAGAGCAGAGUCCUUUGCUAGAUGAGUGACUCCAGGUGCUUGGAGCACUGCCCAGCUCAGAACUGCAAGUUCAUUACAAGCUGGAGGAGAAAACUAGGCCUGGUCCUUGCAGAAGAUUGGAGAUUAGCCGCUAGAGACAAAGGUGAUAAUCCACCCUUGGCCAAUUAUUUAGCAGUAUCUAAAAGCUGGCCUGGCCAAUGACUUAAUUGGCCAGCUCUUUUGAUUUUUGAAGAGUGAAAUACAGCGCUGCAAUGUAUGCAAGAUGAAGUCUCUCCCAUAUUGUGUGUGGGGGGAAAUAUUUUAAAAACAGGUACAUGUCCAUUUCAUUUGUGAUCUUUUGCUUUUAGUACUGCAGGAUUCCAGAAGCAAUGAAUAUGUUGCGGUGUGUGCAUGGUGUAAAUUCAUCCACUUUCUCAUUAACUUGUGGCAACCAGCUUUAUGCCUCUCAUUUACAUAUGCCUCUCAGCUUUAUACAAGUUUAUGCCUCUCAUUUAUUCACCACUACAGCACUUCCAUUGCAAAAGCUGUAAUGACAUUGUUCUCCCCCAAGAGACACGCAAGCACCCCCCCCAACACAUUUCCCUUAUGUAACUAUCAUGCAUGCAGCUAUACCUUAAGACUGAGGCACACAACAACUUUGCUGAUGGCAACCUACUUAUAAGUUGAGGCCAACGUAUUUCUCCUUCCUGCUCGGGAGACACUUGCAAUACAGCUCUGGAAUGAGUAAAACAGGCACCUGCAAUAGGCUGCUGUGAAAGGUGGACGCUGCUUUAACAUGCAAACUUGAAUUUUACUUACGGCAAAGGAGUACAGGCCCUUAAAUUCAAAAGAGGCUUAUGCUUCAGGCUUGCACAAACUUGAAUUUAUGUCACACUUAUGCCAGUUUAAAUUAGGAAUCCUGCCAGGCAACUGUUCUACUACACUGAGACAUACCAAGCCACCACCUAGCAGAUUUAUGCUGCCUUAGAUAGAUCGCUUUUUAUCACUGUUCAUUUGUGGAGCUACACCACUUACAGAUCAAUGCAGCAGCUGCCUCCUAGGAUAACAACUAAGACAACCUAUCCUCACAGCCUUUGUGGUGUACUUUCCACUGACUGUAGCAACACUGAGGAACCUGCAGCCCUCCAGAUGUUGGACUUCCAUCAUCCCUAGGCGCCAUGGCCCAUCAUCAGGGAUGGGAAUUGUAACCCAAUAUCCAGAGGGCCACAGGAUCCCCAUCUCUGUACAUGAACAUAUCUUGAAAGCUGUUCAUCGCCCUGUUAAUCACAAUCAAACUCACUAAGCGCACACAGGCUUUGAAAUGCUCAAUGCUGCUUGGCUAAGUAAAAUCAAUCAAGAAAUAAGUUUCACAAGCCCCAUUGUCGAUGAGCACAGCCUUCGAUCAGGGUCAGGACGUAAAUUUCAGAAGAUGGAAUUCAAUGCUAGCACAAACCCAGUGAAGUUAAUGGGCAUGGCAAACUUUGGUUCAUUAAUUUUGAUGGCUCUACUCCAAGUAGGACUUAGCUGAAUACAACCCAGAGAAGGCAGACCUGUGGUUGUCUCAGUUGCUGCCCAUGUGGUAGGGAAGUAGAGAAAAGCAAUGUGAUGAGAGGCUGGGUGGUGUAGACUUAGGUUGCAAUCCUAUACCUCCAUAGUAAGCUCCAUUGAAGGUACAGAUCAUACACACAAUUUGAAUUUUAAAAUUGUUUUCUAGAGAUUUUAAGCAACCCUUUUGUCCCAAGAAUUGUCUCCUGCAGCUUCCAAGUUUUUCAGUUUUGCCAUCAAGCAACACUGCAGGAAGGUAAAUAAUGUGGCAGCACAGCCAGUGGCUGCUCAGUAAAAAUAUACCUGAGGCAGAACAAAGAUGAUGGAAUCAGCAAACUUCAAGGGUUGCAACAUACAGAAGCUCCUGCAUAGAUGAAAGUUUAGAUAGGGAUUUGGAGUUGAGCAUUGUCUCUCUCUACUCUUGUAGUUAUUGCUCACUUGUAUGGCAUUUCAAUGUUCAAAGUUUUUACAGUGUAGUAGACCCUAAUUCAGAGUUACUCAGAUCCAGUCAGUACAUCUAUCAGAUCACUUUUAUCUUGCUCAGAAUGAAUAACUGGAGGAUAGACAAGAGUGGGACUGGACUUUUUCCUAACUAGUAGUCUGGCUGAAUUCAGACUUAAGUGGGGAUCACAGGUAAUGGCACAGCUCAUCAGCUAGAGCAGUACAUGGCAGUGGGGGGUGGGGGCGCGUGGAGAGCAAACAACUAUGCACAGCUGCGGUCAAUGCUGACAGCCGAUACAGCCAGCACCAUAAGGAGUUUCUAAACAUGGUAUCUCUUUGUAAAUUUAGGCAAAGGGACUUCAAGUUUCAUGCUGAGGAACAAACUCAACACGGGUUUCACUGGGAGGUCAGAAGGAUAAACUAGCUCCUUAUAUGUUUGCCUAUCUCACCUCUUUGUCACUGCACCCUGAAAAGCAAAUAGUGAAGACAGUUCUCUGGAGGAAAGAAAGGGUGGGGAGAGAGAGAGAGAGAGAGAGAGCAGGUAAGUCAGCAAAUUCUUGAAGCGCCAGGUACUACUAAUUACUGCAGUCCUUUAGUGACUUAUAGAUGCAACUUUAAAAUAACACAUACCAUACAUUUCACCAUGAGAUGAUCUACAGCCUUCCUAAACCUAAUGGGGGAGAAAAUGUCUUAGUUCCCAGGCUAUUUUAUUGUGCUCUUCUUUGGGCGAAUGUCAGGUGAACAACAGACCUUCACACCUAGGCCUCCCCUGUUUCAGGCUCUACUGUCCUCUGAGCACAGUCAGUGGAUCAUUCCUCCAUCACUACAUCAGGGAGGCCUGUUUCCCACAGACCGUCCUUUCUCUCGAACUACAGAGGGGUAGGUUCACAGCAUCCUAUGGCCCCCCAAGGAGAUACAUCGUAUCUCCCCAAGGUUAAAAGGCAGCAACGACACUAGUGAAAAGAGACGCUUCUAUUGAUAAAGCACAAAGGAAUUAAAGACUCUCAAUUCAAAACAAAACAAAAAUGAAUGUUUUACAUGAAAAAUAUUGAGAGGGUUUGAGAAGGAAACUUAUCUUUUUAUACAACCAUGACAAGACUAUGGUAAAAGUCUACAAAGUGCAUUAAUUUACAAAGGGAUUUGCAACGCCUAGCCUGUAAAUUCCUGCCUCUGUUACCAGAGAUCAAUUGUGCAUGCAUUAAAGCACAUCCAAACACUG